AUGUGCCACGGGCACCCCCACCACCACACUUGCGGUCACCAGUCCGUGACCUGGCACUACUGUCCCUCGGCGCUCAUAGACUUGGAGACCGGUUACGAAACACCAUGCCACAACAUCACCUUUGCCGCGUCCCAAGCAUCGGCAUCGCCUUGUCCACUAGUAAACUGCGACUUUCGAAGCGCAGGUAGUGGCGGGUGGACAUGUUGCAAGUGUGGAGGGCGUAACGAUAGCGGGUGGUGCGUCAAUGCGUCACCCGAGCCGAGAUGGGAGAUGAACCCGGUCACAAACGAGUGGGAAUGGAUGGAUAGGUGUGAUCACGGGUGUUGUCGCAGCUGUAUCAAAGAUCGUAAGUCCGAGUGCCCAACGUUGUGGCCAAGGGGCUUGUUCCCUGCCGUCCGCUUUUUGCAGCCGAACAGCCCUGACAUAUUCUCAAGCUCAGACUAG